GAAUUAUAAUUGUAAUAGGAUUCACUUGUAACUUUAUUCUCCUGUAAUUUACUGAGUAGUGAAUCGGGUGUCUGCGGUAACUGUAAUUCUUGACUUCGAACUUUGUAUUGUUCAAAUUGGACAAAAUUUUCCGCAUUGCUAAUUUGGUUUGUUCUUGUCGAUUAUUUUUUGUGGUCUCGAUUCUUUCGCUUCGUGUUGAACCCAUGAAGAAGUAAUGGUAUACAGCUAAGUUGAAGUACAUUAAUUUGUUUGUCGUUUACAAGUAAUUUAAUAUCUGCGAGCAUGUGUCGACGCCAAGAAUGGAUCACUCCGUUUAUGAAACAGUGCUUUGCGGUCUCAUGUGUGGUUCUGAACAUGAUAUCGUAUGGCCUUACGAUCGGAUACAACGCCUCGCUGUUCUCCGAACUCAGGAAGACACAAGAGAUACCACUAGACAUAGACUCUGAAUCGUGGCUAGCAUCUUUGAUUGGAUUAUCGCUUUGCGUCGGAUCUAUCGUCUGUUCACUAAUUAUGGAAAUCAUCGGUCGAAAACCAGCUAUCAUCAUGAGUUCAGUAUUCACAAUCUGCGGAUGGAUAUCGUUCAGUUUAGCUUCAACUUUUCCUGUUCUUUUAAUCGGAAAAAUAGUUCAAGGAAUAUCCGUUGGAAUAGGAACUACAAUGGGAUGUAUUUUAGUUGCAGAAUACAGUAGUCCUAAAUACAGGGGAUCUUUCAUAGCAGCAAUGCCGCCUGCUAUGUUAAUCGGCGGACUAAUUGCACAUUCUUUUGGAUUAUUUUAUGGUUGGCACGAUUUAUCCACGAUACUGAUAUUUUUUUCUUUGCCCGGCUUAAUAGUAGCCGUAUUGUCGCCCGAAUCACCAAGUUAUCUGGUAGUUAAAGGCCGUUACGACGAAUGUAGAAAAGUAUUUCGAUGGCUGAGAGAAAAAAGCGAGGAUGACGAAGUUGAAGCAAUGAUUAAAACUCAUAUGAUACUAAAACAAUCCAAGAAGAACCAAGAACUUAAUUUUUUUAAGUUAAUUAAGAUCAAAUUUAUAUAUGUUGUCACGGCAGUCAAAAAGAGAGAAUGUCGUAUUCCAAUCAUUAUUAUGAUGCAUUUGAGUGCUAUAAAUCAGUUCUGUGGUAGUAUUGUACAAGAAAUGUAUGCUUUAGACAUUCAUAAUGCACUAUAUGGCACUGAUACUUACAUGUUCAAAGUUAUCACGUCUCUAGACCUUCAAAGAAUUAUAGCUACAGUUUCAGCCAUAUACAUAACUAGCAAACUAAAGAGGCGUUCCAUGUUAUUAAUAUUUGUAGCUCUGACUGUUAUCGCGAAUGUCUGUAUAGCUGGAUAUAUUUAUGCCAGACAUCACGAUCUUGUAUGGCUUGACCAUAUGGCAAUAGGUAUAUUUUUGCAUCAUUUUCACACUUUUGUCAUCGGUACUGGUUGCUUGCCAUUAGCGUUUAUAAUCGGUGGUGAAAUUUACCCACUAGCAGACAAAGGCUUCUGCGUAACUAUUUGCAAUGUAUUAUCUGCCGCGUACAUGUUUGUCAAUAUUAAAUCUGCUCCUUAUUUAUUCACGUUGAUUGGUGUUGACGGGGCAUAUUGCUUGAAUGCCUUAAUUCUUGUUUAUAGUUUAAUUGUGAUUAUGGUUAUGCUCCCGGAAACUAAAAAUAGAACUCUCCAAGAAAUCGAAGAUGAGUUUAGAGGAUUUGCUGUUGUUGGUAAUCACGAAGAUGCAUUCGAUUUAAGGUGUAAUGAAAUUGAGGAUAAUGAAAAUCUAUGAUUUUGAUUUUAAUUGAUGUUGUUAUUUAUGAUAUCUAUAUGUAAAAAUGAAUUGCUGUUUGUUAGUCUCGCUAAAACUUGAGAACCGCUGCACCGAUUUG